AUGGGUGACCACGAAGAAGCACAUGAUCAUCAUUCCUUUGAGAUAACUCGGGAGGAGCUUUAUCGACCCUUCAGAGAACCAUGGCAUACAAAAUAUGUGCUUCCCUUUCUAGGCAGUCUCAUUGACAAACCCGUGACCCUCUUCCGUGGUACGUCCUCCUUCCCAUCGUUACACUCGUUUGCAGAGUAUUUCGUGGAAAAGGUUCAACAAAAACCGGUUCCCUAUUAUCAUCAACGUUUCGCAAGAGUUCCUGAAAUUGAUAAAUGUCCGGUUGGUGAUCAAGUUUGCGUAAUCGAGGCGAAUGAGCAGUUUCAUCGUGAUCGGCUUGUUGAUGCGAACAUCGUCCGUCUUCUCAGAGAGAGGCGCGAUGCUUGCAGAAGAUGGUAUGACAGAGACUACGAAGAUAUGGAGCGUUUCUGUAAGAAGUACUUUGAUGAACACGAUGAGGCAGCGACGAACUUCUUUAUCAAGUAUGGUGAACUCCACUUCUGGGCUGAUGUUCGGGACGUCUUCAUGAAACAGAAGCACCGGAUGCUGUGGGAACGAGAACACGGACCAAUCGGCGCAAAACAGGCAAAGCCUGAAGACGGCGACAAGGAGGCCGACUCAGCAGUUUCCGUCCUACGCAAGUACAUGGGCCACGUCGGCAUACCCAAAGAACUGAAAGUGUAA